AUGACGGAGCCGCAAAAAGACGUAGCGGGCGAUGAGCGCACUACCAAGAGCAAGGUGCUGGAAGCAGGUGCGGGCAUGACUCAGGAUUUCACGCCAGUAAAGAGUAUCUGCGCGCACCUCAACGCCUUUCACGUCUACGCCGACGACCCCAAGCGCUUCGUCGAGGCAAAUCACUACUGCAGUCAUUUGACAGAAGACGUCCGCCAGUGCAUCCUCUACGACAGCCCCAACCCAGGAGCCCGCCUCAUCGGGAUCGAGUACAUGAUCACCCCGAAGCUGUACGCCACGCUCGACGCCGAGGAGCACAAGCUCUGGCACAGCCACGUCUUCGAGGUCAAGUCGGGCAUGCUCAUCAUGCCGCAGCCGUCGGCGCUCGUGCCCACCGCCGCGUGGGAGCAGGCCGAGUCCGCCGAGAUGGAGGACGUGGUCGAGCUGUACGGCAAGGUCUACCACCUGUGGCAGGUGGACAGGGGCCACAAGAUCCCGCUGGGCGAGCCGAAGCUGAUGACGAGCUUCACCAAGGCCGAGCAGAUGCCGGACUUUGAGACGGUGGUGGGCGAGAGGGACUCUAGGUUUGGUGCCGCGGACUGGAGGAGGAAGAAGCAGAUUCGGGAGUACAUCAAGGAGCCUGAGAUUCAUCCUGAUGCUGAUGCCACUUGGAAACGAGCUUAG